UCCUUUGGCAGUCCUGGCUAUCCGCACUCCUUCCGCUCCGGGAUUCAGUCAGGACUCUGUUGCCGUCGGGAGUGGACGUGCGAAAAUCGCCCAAAUAGGCGCCUUCAGGCCAUCAGAACUCAUCCAUCAAACAUUUAUUGUGUUUAUGCGAUGCACUUUUCACGCACUGCGUUUCAUGAAAAGUGUCAACUCGCGUGUGCAUAAACGAAAACAAACGUUCCAAUAAAAUGCGUGAAAUGGUGAGUCGCAACCCUGGAAGCUCAGUGUGAUUUAGGUGGCAACUCCGUCCGCAAAUGAAGAACAAAUUGAACAAGUCCUUAACUGGUUGAAUCUCGCCUUGGCGGCGUUUGAACAUAAGACGUCCCAGAUCCCCACCUGACAUUCCACAUAUCGCUACCCCACACGUCCGAGUAGUUUUAAAUUCCAAUGAGCCAAGCUAACUAAAAUAGAACGGCACAAGCCACACACCCACCACCGCAAACAAACCACCCACCCACCAGAGCAACCACCACCCACCAAACCCAAAAGGAAUCACCUUGAGAACGGCGUAGGGUGACAAUACAUAGGACAGCAUUGGGCAGGAGGAGCAGGGCCGGAAGUGGGCCACCAAAUCAACAAGUCGUAAAUUAGCCGAGCACUAGGUACUGAAACCCACACCCAGGAACCACUACCAGGUGGAUAAAUGGGGCGGCGCAAGGACAAACCGCGGGUGAUUCCCGAACAGGAUGCGCGCAUCUGUCGCGCCAUCUGCCUGUGCCAGCUGACCAUGGUGCUGUCCUGCGUGUCCAUCGUCUACCUGAGCGUGGCCAUCUACUCGCCCUCCCUGAAGGCCUUCAAGUCCGGCUUCGAGCUGGAUCCCGUCAUGUGCCAGACGGUGGAUCGCCAGAUGCCCAACAACUGCCCCUGGGCAUCCUGCGGAGAGUGGUGCCUGACCAAGACCAGUGGCUUCUGCCCCCAGAUCCACUCAAUAGUGCGUCGCAACGGCACCGAUAUCCAGCUGAACAACUGCACUCGAGUGACAAACACAUCCUGCUCCAUGAUUGACCUGAGUCGGCUGAACAAGUUCAACUGCAACAACGGCACCGCCUGCAACAACAUCAGAGGCGUCUUCAACUGCUCCAAUGGACACUGCAAGAAUAUGUCGGAGUUCUUCUUGUGUCACCACAAAGCCGACGGACUUACGGUCAACUCGCAGAAGGAUAACACCAAGCUGAAUGGAUUCUUCGAGUGUCACGGGGUGCACUGCACCAAGAUCAAAAAGCCCUUCAGCUGCGAUCGCUACUGUUCCAAGAUAACAACUACCAAUGUGAACACGCUUAUUAUGCAUGAGGACAAUCUUAUUGCAGCCGAUUGUGAGAACGCAGUGGCUUUCAACCAGGCCCGAGGAUCCGAGCACGGCGUGCGUAUCGAACCCUUUGAGUUCUGGAAAGAGGAUGAUGGCAACCUGUUGACCAACUGCGCCACAGUCACAAGAGAGUCGGACAAUCGCAUCACUGCCACCGACUGCAUAAAUGGAACCCUCCUGGAACAUGACACCUUGCCCGCUCCCUUCAUGAACUUCACCCAGUUCUGGGCCAUCUAUGAGAACAGCACCAGGUCGGUGGAUCCUGAGCAGAGGUACCUGCCCAACCAGGCCAACCUGACCAUCUACAGCUGGAAGAAACUGUUCAUCAACCUGGAGGGCUGCGUGAACACACUGCGUGGGGAGUGCAAGGACUUUGUGGCUCGCUAUGGCAACGAUGGCGAUAACAAUACCGCCCAGUCACGCUACCAGUGCUACUAUAACAAGGACUCGAAUGUCGAGUUUGUGGUUGCACGCUACGAUUUGGACAAGGUUUACAGGGAGCUUCUAGUCUCGCUGAUUGUGCCCAUUGUGCUCUUUGUGAUCUCAUCUAUAUCGCUAUGUAUCAUCACCAAAUCCGUCAAGGUGGGCGACGAUGCCAAGAUGCGUUGUGUUUGUGCCGGCGAUGACUCAGAUAAUGAUGGGCCCUUUGGACCAGGAGCAGCGAACAAACAGCAGGAUCAGAUGUAUGAUACAGACGACGAUGUAGUUGACCUGGAGCACCAAGCGGUGGAUGGUCAAGAACUAUCGGACCACGGACUUCCGCUGGACAACCAUGAGCUAAUCGGCAGCACCAAGUCGCUGAUACCAAUCAGUCCCGCCGGGGAUUCUGGACCCAGUGAUCAGCUCUUCGACCAGGAUCAGGAGAAGGCAACUACGUGCGAUGUUCCCGAAAAACCACUAGUCAUACUAUAAGUGGAUUAACUGCAUCGAAAGAAGGAUACAAAACAGCACCAAACUUUAAGGACCUGUGCAUUGUACAAGGGGAACUGAAUUUAAAUUCUACUCAGCGCAUUUAUACAACUUUUACAACAACUAACAGAUUAAUGAAACGGAUCUUUACUUUUCUUGGUUGAAAAAGGAUAAUCACACAUAUAUAAAUACUGGACAUAUAGCUCCCAGAUGAACAACGGAUGGGAUGGCCGAGCUUUAUUUACCCGAUCCCCACUCUAACCGUUGCAGCAGAUGCGCCUUAGACAAAGUUGCAUUUAUAUAGAGUAUAUAGCAUAAACCAACUGACAUCUGCUGAACGAAACCAAAGAAGAAAACACCAGGACAGACCAAGGAUAUAGGCAUCCGACUCGCCUUAACUCUCGACUUUGUAGCUAUGCAAUAUUCAGCGAUUUCUUAAACUAGUUUAACCGGUGGAGCAAUAGUACCUACUUAUAUCUGAUAUACUUAUACUCGAAUGAUAGCAAAUAAAACACCAUUUG